UCAUCAACAAAACUGAUUGAAUGUUCAACCAACUCUUUUUCUCCAGAGUCUGUGCGGCUUGUGGAUGGAGCUGGUCUCUGCUCUGGGAGAGUGGAGGUGAAGUCCAAUCAGUCCUGGGCCUCAGUGUGUGAAGCUGACUUUGACCGGCAGGAUGCAGAGGUAGUCUGUAGGGAUGUUGGCUGUGGGGCUCCUGCAGCUCUACAGGGGGGGCUCUAUGGAGGAGGUGAGGGUCAGACCUGGGAUAAAGAGUUCCAGUGUAAAGGCAAUGAGUCCCUUCUCCUGGACUGUGACACCUCAGACAGAAAACACAACACCUGCCUACCUGGUAAUGCUGUUGGACUCACCUGCUCAGAGCCUGAUGAUGUGAGGCUGGUGGGAGGAGGCAGUCGCUGUGCUGGUGGAGUGGAGCGGUACGACCAGGGAGAGUGGAGGAUUGUGGGAGCUGACUGGAACCAGGAGGAUGUAGCUGCAGUAGUGUGUAGACAGAUGGGUUGUGGCUCCACUGUUUCAGUACCACCUGGAAACACCACUAGAGGGAAUGGAGUUUACUGUUCUGGGUCUGAGUCUUCACUGAGGGAGUGUUCCAGAAUGUAUGGUCUCUCUCCUGGACUCACAGUGAUCUGCUCAGAUCUCCUGGUCCAGCCUGAUAUCUCCCUGACUGAAUCAAUGGGAGGGGUCUCCAGGGGCCACCAGGGGCCCGAGGUGUUCAGGGGCUACAGCUUCACCAUCACCUGCUCCACUCAGCCACAGUACCCAGGAGGCUCCUUCCUCCUCACGUUCACCGGCUCCAACAGAACCCAGACCCAGCCAGCUGUCAAUCACUCUGCUGCCUUCCUCUUCCCUGCUGCAGAUGACUCCCACCAAUGUCUCCCGAGACCACCAGGAGGUAGAGGAGAGAACAGUGUGAGCAGCACGGAUCUUUAUGUCAACGCCAUGGAGAUGGUCUCUCUGAGCUCCAGAUCUGAAGCUGGACCGGGAGAGGAGAGAGCAGCCCAGGGGACGGAAUCUGCCACCUCCAGCAGUUCAGCUGCAGUCACAGUAGUCCUCUGCUGUGGUAUUUCAUUUACCGGCUGCACCAGUUCCUACAACACUGGCCGUGAAGGGAGACACUUUGAGGAGACCCAGAUGGAUACAGAUCUGCCUGACAGCCUCACCCAGAAGACACUGGGCCUAUCAAGACUGACAAAGCAGAGGUGGGUGGCUGACAGCCUCACCCAGAAGACACUGGGCCUAUCCAGACUGACCAAGCAGAGAUGGGUGGCUGACAGCCUCACCCAGAAGACACUGGGCCUAUUCAGACUGACCAAGCAGAGAUGGGUGGCUGACAGCCUCACCCAGAAGACACUGGGCCUAUCCAGACUGACCAAGCAGAGAUGGGUGGCUGACAGCCUGACCCAGAAGACACUGGGCCUAUCCAGACUGACCAAGCAGAGAUGGGUGGCUGACAGCCUCACCCAGAAGACACUGGGCCUAUCCAGACUGACCAAGCAGAGAUGGGUGGCUGACAGCCUCACCCAGAAGACACUGGAAUCUGUCUCAGCAGAAUGUAAAUCUGCCCUUGUUUCAGAAAAAAACAGACGCUGUCUCUGUCUCGCUGUCACUCUCAGUCCCUUUUCUCACCUCUUCUCACAGACGCUGUCUCUCUCUGUCUCGCUGUCACCCUCGGUCCCUUUUCUCACCUCUUCUCACAGACGCUGUCUCUCUCUGUCUCGCUGUCACCCUCGGUCCCUUUUCUCACCUCUUCUCACAGACGCUGUCUCUCUCUGUCUCGCUGUCACCCUCGGUCCCUUUUCUCACCUCUUCUCACAGACGCUGUCUCUCUCUGUCUCGCUGUCACCCUCAAUCCCUUUUCUCACCUGUUCUCACAGACGCGGGGCUGCGGGUUUUGCAGGGCGCUACACAGAGAGAGGCCUCCAUAUUCAGCUAUACAAUCUCCAGGCUCAAAGCGUCAGUCCACCAGCUGAAUACUCAGUCAGACUGGUGAAUGGGACCACUUCCUGUUCUGGGACAGUGGAAGUCUUCUCCAGAGGAGAGUGGUCAGGUCUAUGUUCUAGUUGGUGGAGCAUGAUGAGAGAGACUAAGGUUUUUUGUAGAGAGCUGGACUGUGGGAAUCCUGUAGCUGAAUCUGGAGGAGCUCUGAUUGAAGAUGGAAGAAGAGGAGUCACACUAUAUGGUAGUUGCAAUGGAAAUGAGUCUUCUAUUGAACAGUGUGUCAUCAUCAUCAUCGUAGGAGGACGUGGUGUCUGUAUUGGUGAAUAUUAUCAUCAUGUGACCUGUUCAGAGUCUGUGCGUCUUGUGGAUGGAGCUGGUCUCUGCUCUGGGAGAGUGGAGGUGAAGUCCAAUCAGUCCUGGGCCUCAGUGUGUGAAGCUGACUUUGACUGGCAGGAUGCAGAGGUAGUCUGUGGGGAGCUUGGCUGUGGGGCUCCUGCAGCUCUACAGGGGGGGCUCUAUGGAGGAGGUGAGGGUCAGACCUGGGAUAAAGAGUUCCAGUGUAAAGGCAAUGAGUCCCUUCUCCUGGACUGUGACACCUCAGACAGAAAACGCAACACCUGCCUCCCUGGUAAUGCUGUUGGACUCACCUGCUCAGAGCCUGAUGAUGUGAGGCUGGUGGGAGGAGGCAGUCGCUGUGCUGGUGGAGUGGAGUGGUACGACCAGGGAGAGUGGAGGAUUGUGGGAGCUUCAGACUGGAACCAGUGGAAUGUAGCUGCAGUAGUGUGUAGACAGCUGGGUUGUGGCUCCACUGUUUCAGUACCACCUGGAAACACCACUAGAGGGAAUGCCGUUUACUGUUAUGGGUCUGAGUCUUCACUGAGGGAGUGUGUGAGAAUGUAUUAUCCCCGUCCUGGACUCACAGUGAUCUGCUCAGCCUCUCCUCUGCCAGCCUUCAUCAUCAGACACGUUGUAGUGCUGCUGCUCCUACUGACAGCCAUCACCACCUCCUACCUGUACUACAAGCCCACCAGGAGGCAGAAGAGAGUGAACAGGGUGAGCAGCAUGGAUCUUGAUGUCAAUGCCAUGGAGAUGGUCUCUCUGAGCUCCAGAGCUGAAGCUGGACCGGGAGAGGAGAGAGCAGCCCAGGGGACGGAGUAGGAGUAGAAUGAAGCUGAUCCUACAUGCUGAUCUUAGGUCAGUUUUGUGUUUUAAAUCGAUGGUCAACAGUGGACUGGUGUUUAAAAUGUGGUGACAAACCUGAAGUGGUUCUAAUUUUAAUAACAAGUUCAGAAUUAGUUUAUCUUUCUAGAACCUUGGAAGAAAUCUAAAAGGAGUGACUGCAACCACCAUUAUUCCUUUUAGUUUGGUUUUUACCACCAGGGUAACAUGGGGUUCUGGGUAACAUGGGGUUUUGGGUAACAUGGGGUUUUGGGUAACAUGGGGUUUUGGGUAACAUGGGGUUUUGGGUAACAUGGGGUUUUGGGUAACAUGGGGUUUUGGGUAACAUGGAUUUUGGGUAACUUGGAUUUUGGGUAACUUGGAUUUUGGGUAACUUGGAUUUUGGGUAACUUGGAUUUUGGGUAACUUGGAUUUUGGGUAACUUGGAUUUUGGGUAACUUGGAUUUUGGGUAACUUGGAAUUUGGGUAACUUGGGGUUUUGG